AUGUGCAAGUUAAAGACUGCUAUUUAUGCUGUGUUUUGGCAUGGCAUUCUUGGCAGAGUUGAUGCAACAAGCCAUGCAUUGCAAGAUCCUAAACUCGAUUUGAACACAGCAGUAGCAAUGCUGAAGUCCUUGGAAUGUUUUGUAAGAGAAAAAAGAGAUUGCUUCCAUGUUUAUGAGAAGAAGGGAAGGGAAAUGUCAGAAACUGGGGAUUAUUCACAGACACGCAAGCGUCAACGUAAUGUACGACUCAAUCCAUUGGAUUAUGGACGAUCAGAAGAAGCAGCCCUCUCACAGUCAGAAAAAUUUCGGGUUCAGAAUUUCCUUCCAGCAAUUGAUCAGUUUCUGAGUUCACUGGAUCAACGGUUAAAGGCCUAUGAGGAAACCUGUUCACUUUUCGGGUUCUUGUCUAAACUGGAGUCAAUGAAUUGUGACGAAAUUGAAGCAGCUGCAGCAAAAUUGGCUGCUGAGUACAAAAAUUAUUUGGAUCAAACACUUGGAGUUGAACUUGUGCAGUUUACAGCAUUCUUCACUCAAUUUCUUGAAGACGAAGAUGAUGAGAAAGGGAGGGCACAUUACCUUUACAAGCUGUUGAUAGACAAGAAAGUUGUAGAUACAUUUCCAAAUGUUGAAAUAAUGCUACGGAUGUACUUGGUGCUCAUGGUCACAAAUUGUUCUGGAGAACGUUCUUUCAGUAAAAUGAAGUUUAUUAAAAACAGACUUCGUACUACAAUGUGUCAUGAUAGGCUCAGCCACCUGGCUUUGAUGAGUAUCGAAUAUGACAUCAUCAGAGAGAUUGACUUCGAAAAGUUGAUCAAAACCUUUGCAGCGGCCAGGUCACGUAAAGUGCCUGGUCUGUAA